GGCCGGGCCAUGGCGGCCGUGCUGGGCCGGGUGGCGGAGCUGCCCGCGCUGCUCGCCCUGUGCCGCUCGCCCUUGGUGCGGCGCUGGGACCCCGCGGCGCCGGGCAGGGCCCUCGAGUGGGGCCGCUACUUCCAGCACCUCCACGGCCGCUGCCGUGCGCGGCCGCGGCUCCGAGAGGCCCUCGGGCGGCGGCUGCGCCGGGCCCAGCCGCGCCCGCCCGCGCUCGGCUUCUCCGCCCUGGGCCGCUGCCCGGAGCUGCUGGGGCUGGCGCUGCUGGAGAACCGCGCUCUGCCGCCCGCCGCCUGCCGCCGCCUGCUCCGCUGUCUACUGCUGCCUGCGAGCGGGGCUGAGCCCCCCGGGCUGGCGCUGCUCGCCCGCCGCAAGGCCGCGGCCCGCCUGCUGGAGCCGCCGCGCCGCCCCGGGGACACCGAGCCGCGGGUGCGGGCGGAGGCGCAGCUGCUGCUGGGCCGGCUGCGGGAGGAGGAGGAGGAGCAGGAGGAGGAGCAGGAGCGGGCGCGGUGGCUGUGCGGGGUCCUGGAGCGGCUCCCCCCGCCCCGCGCCUUCGCCGUGGUGGCGGCGGCGCUGGCCCUGCUCGGGGCCGGGGAUGGGGAGCAGGAUGGGAGCGGCCCGGAUGGAGAUGGGUUCUGUGCCGGGCUGCUGCUUUCCUGGCUGCUGGGGAACCUGGAGCGGUUCUCUGCCUUCUGCCUUUGCCUCCCGGGUUCCCUUCUUGCUUCCCUAGCUGGUCAUUAUCCCCAGUUGAGCAGAGCUUAUUUGGACCUCCUAUCCGGCUGGGGAAGCCACUUGCACUAUGACCCCUUGCAGGGGCGGUGGGUUAAAAGUUGCCUUGAGAAAGCUGAAUUGUCCUGGGAGGAGCUGAGGGAGCGCUUCAGUUGCCUCUGUCGGGGAUCUGCACUGCUCAGGGAACAGACCCAAGCCGCUCUGAAACUCCUGAAGACACGAGAUGGAGAUUUCGAAGUCCGUGGCCUAAGUGUGUGGACUGACUUGCUGAUGGAAGUAGAGGAAUGAAGUAGGGUCCUAAUGCGUGAGCACGAAAGCAACAUGAAAACAUAUAGAGUCAAGCAAAUCUGGUUAACCCUAUUUGGUAUGAGAGGCAACACAACUAUACCUCACUUUGAAAACCAGCAUGUGACUGCUGAUCACACUGAUUCUGACUGCAUUUGAAGUCUUUCAAGGAGGCCUGAUCCUUGUAGUUGCACUGUCACGUCUGGUCACCACAGGAAACACUGCCCUUCUCAGUACUUGCUGUUUAACUGCCUAAUAAAAUGAAGAAAA